AUGGAAGCAAGGGACCGUUGGACAGAGGGGGAAAUGGAAGCAGGGAUCGUUGGACAGAGGGGGAAAUUUGUUGGACAGAGGGGGGAAAUGGAAGCAAGGGACCGUUGGACAGAGGGGAAAUGGAAGCAAGAAGCCGUUGGACAGAGGGGGAAAUGGAAGCAAGAGGCCGUUGGACAGAGGGGGAAAUGGAGCAAGAGGCCGUUGGACAGAGGGGAAAUGGAAGCAAGGGACCGUUGGACAGAGGGGGAAAUGGAAGCAAGAGGCCGUUGGACAGAGGGGGAAAUGGAAGCAAGAGACCGUUGGACAGAGGGGGAAAUGGAAGCAAGAGGCCGUUGGACAGAGAGGGGAAAUGGAAGCAAAGAGGCCGUGGACAGAGGGGAAAUGGAAGCAAGAGGCCGUUGGACAGAGGGGGAAAUGGAAGCAAGGGACCGUUGGACAGAGGGGGAAAUGGAAGCAAGAGGCCGUUGGACAGAGGGGGAAAUUUGGACAGAGGGGGAAAUGGAAGCAAGGGACCGUUGGACAGAGGGGGAAAUGGAAGCAAGGGACCGUUGGACAGAGGGGGAAAUGGAAGCAAGGGACCGUUGGACAGAGGGGGAAAUGGAAGCAAGAGACCGUUGGAGAGGGGAAAUGGAAGCAAGAGCAUGGGGGGAAAAUGGAGCAAGAGGCCGUUGGACAGAGAGGGGAAAUGGAAGCAAGAGGCCGUUGGACAGAGGUGAAAUGGAAAGCAAGAGCCUUGGACAGAGGGGGAAAUGGAAAAGCAAGAAACCGUUGACAGAAGGGGGAAUGGAAGCAAGGACGUUGGACGAGAGGCGAAAUAAGCAGAAGGCCGGGAAUGGAAGCAAGAGUCCUAUGGACAGCAGGGAAAUGGAAGCAAUCGAGACCGUUUGGACAGAGGGGAAAUGGAUCAAAGAGCCAAUGGACAGAGGAAUGAAGCAAGAUGCCGUUGACCAGAGGGGAAAUGGAAGCAAGAGCCCGUGGACCAGAGGCGAAAUUGCAAGCAAAGCGUGGACAGAGGGAAAUGGACAGCAACUGCCGUUGACAGAUGGACAAUCGUAA